CGGGACGUGGCGCUCGGUACCGGAGCAGUACUCGUGCACGUUGUGGCGGAGCCGCUGAUUCAAGGAGAAGAAACCGUCGUUUGUACCGCGUGUCUCUAACACCAGCUCCUCCGAGAUUUCCAGGUGACCAAAGAAAUGGUGAUGGAGAAGCCAAGUGCCCAGCUGGUCGGGCGAGAGUUUGUCCGACAGUACUACACACUCCUGAACCAGGCUCCUGACUACCUGCACAGGUUCUACGGGAAGAACUCGUCCUACGUGCACGGAGGUCUGGAUGGCAACGGCAAACCGGUGGAGGCUGUUUAUGGACAGUCGGAGAUCCACAAGCGUGUGAUGGCCCUGAGCUUCAGAGACUGUCACACCAAGAUCCGACACGUGGACGCUCACGCCACGCUGAACGAGGGCGUGGUGGUGCAGGUGAUGGGCGAGCUGUCCAACAACAUGCAGCCCAUGAGGAAGUUCAUGCAGACCUUCGUGCUGGCGCCUGAGGGAACGGUCGCCAACAAGUUCUACGUCCACAACGACGUGUUUCGCUACCAGGACGAGGUGUUCGGGGACUCCGACUCCGAACCCCCCGAAGAGUCUGAGGAUGAGGUGGAGGAGCUGGAGGACAGGGUCCCGUCUCCCGACGCCGCUGCAGAGGACUCGGCUCCUUUCUACGAGCCCGCAGCCAGCUCGGAGCCGGCGGUUCCCGGGGACGAGGAGGAGGUGGCGGUGAGCCCUGAGCCGGAGCCGGAGGCGGAGAAGGACGGCGAGGCGUCCGCCGAGCUGAAAGCAGAGGCCGUGGUGGACGCGCCCGCCGACACACAGACCGCCGAGGACCAGACAGAGAAAAGCCCCGCCUCCUCUGCAGCCCCGCCCACCACAGAGGCCACACCCACACCCUCCGAGCCCGCCCAGGAGGAGAACAGGCCGUUCUCCUGGGCGUCGGUCACCUCCAAGAACCUCCCCCCCAGCGGCCCCGCCCCCGUCUCAGGACUCUCCCCACACGUCGUCAAAGCCACGCCCACGGCGCCGCCCCGGGUGGAGGUGAAGUCCGAGUCCCAGACGGCAGCGCAGAGGCCACAGAGAGACCCGAGACCCAGAGAACAGAGGCCAGGAGGCCCGCCGCUGGUGCACAGAGGACCCAGACCAGGUACACACACACACACACACACACACACACGCACACACACACACACCCCUGCAGGUCAGAGCUGUGUGUGUGUGCUCACUGCUUCGUUGCUGCCUCCAGGCCGGGAGGGCGAGCCGGGCGAGUCGGAGGGCCGCAGGGUGGUCCGCUACCCCGACGCCCACCAGCUGUUCGUGGGAAACGUCCCGCACGACGUGGACAAGAGCGAGCUGAAGGAGUUCUUUGAGCAGUACGGCACCGUGCUGGAGCUCCGGAUCAACAGCGGAGGGAAGCUGCCCAACUUCGGCUUCGUGGUGUUUGACGACUCGGAGCCCGUCCAGAAGAUCCUCAGCAACAGGCCAAUCAAGUUCCGAGGCGACGUCCGCCUGAACGUGGAGGAGAAGAAGACCCGGUCGGCCCGCGAGGGCGACAGGCGGGACCCGAGGCCCCGCGGCGGCCCCAGCGGCCCCGGCGGACCCCGGGAGCGAGGGGUGGGCGGCGGCGGGCCCCGCGGUCCCCCCACCCGCGGAGGCAUGGCACAGAAACCCAGCUUCGGAUCCGGGCGGGGCGCCGGGCCCAACGAGGGCCGCUACUCGGCGCCGCGCCAGUGAGGGCCCGGGGGGCCCCGAAGCCCAAGUCGGUGCCCGUGUGAGCCGCAGCAGCUGAUUGGACGAGGGUCGGCGAGGAGGAAGAGCCGGCGGGACGUCCGGGCGCCACCCCCAAACGAUAAAGUCAUAGUUAAUAUUAAUGGUUUAACGACCCGCCUCCUCCUCCCGACCGUCUCCCAGCCGUUUCCAUGGCAACUGUCCCAGGUUACAGCCGCUCCUCUUCGUCCUCUCCAUCCUCCUCCUCUGUCACAGGUUUUAUCUGGACUUUUGUCUUCUUUUUGUCGUUUUUCAUGCCGAACUUGAAUUUACUAGGAAAACGAGUGGAAACACGCCGACACAGCAGAGAAAAAGGGUGAAAACUACUUGAAUCGGGGCUGAACACCCACCGUUGAGGUUGUUUCUUUUUUUUUUUUUUUUUUUUCUGUUUUUUUUUUUUUCGCGUUCUCUCUCCCUGUUUCUUAAAGGAACGUGUACUUUACUGCUUGGGCAAUCCUGUGUAUUGCUGCGCUCGAUCAGUCUUCUGGUUUUUAUGGGAUCCGGUCCGGAGCCGAGCCGUAGUGGUUUUAUUUGUGUGAAUGGAGCAUGUUUCCACAGCGUGUCUCAGACCUGACGAGUCAUCAUGUUUCAAAGUGAGAGAACUAAAUUAAAGUGAUUUACUGUUUUAACCCCUGUCUGCUUCCUUCCUCCGGAGCUGUUGUCAUUUGUUUUUGAACAAAUCUUGGAAAAAAUACUCAACACUCAAAAACUGAAACACAUUUGAAGUCUAAUAAAACUAAACUA